AAAAGAAUGGAGCUGUCCCAGCUACUCAAUGAGAUCAGGGCAAACUAUGAAAAGCUCCUCACCAGAAGUCAGAUAGAGACCGUGCUCUCAACAAGGAUCCAGUUGGAGGAAGAUCUAAGCAAAAAAAUGGACAAAGAUGAAGAGGCUUUAAAGGCAGCUCAAGCAGAACUCAAGGAAGCCCGACGCCAGUGGCAUCACCUGCAAGUGGAAAUUGAAUCUCUCCAUGCUGUGGAAAGGGGCCUUGAAAACUCCUUACACGCCAGUGAACAACAUUACCAGAUGCAGCUGCAAGACCUAGAGGCAGUGAUUGAAGGACUAGAAAAAGAGCUACAGGAAGUAAGGCGCGGCAUUGAAAAGCAGCUUCAAGAGCAUGAGAUGCUCCUCAACACGAAGAUGAGGCUAGAACAAGAAAUCGCAACUUAUCGCCGCCUCCUGGAAAAGGAAGAAAUCAGAUAUUAUGGUUGCAUCCAAGGUGGGAAAAAAGAACAAAAACCUACCACAAGUAGAGUCGGUUUUGUUUUACCUUCAGCCAUUAUAAAUGAAAUAUCUUUUUCAACAAAAGUCCCACAGAAGUAUGAGAACGAAAAAGUAGAAACAGUGACCAAACAAGCAAUAUUAAAUGGAAAUGUCGUGAAAGAAAGCACUGAAGCUCAUGGCACUAUUCAGACAGAGAAAGUGGGUGAAGUUAUUAAAGAAUGGGAAGGUUCCUUCUUUAAAGAUAACCCUCGAUUAAGGAAAAAAUCUGUUUCUCUUCGAUUUGAUCUUCAUUUAGCAGCCACGGAUGAAGGGUGUUUACAGACUAAGCAGGAUAAUCUACCAGAUAUAGAAGUCAGGCUUAUCAUGAGAAGAUCAUGCAGUAUCCCCUCUAUCAAACCUCCAUCAGCAGCUAAUUAAUCCAAAGACAGUAUUUGAUUUGAUGUGAAAAUGACAUUAGGUUGGACCAAGGUAGGCCUGCUGACCACCUUCUGUCCCAAAAUGUAAGUUACUAAGUAUGUAUGUUAUGACCAAUGUAUGAGUCUUCAGAAAAAAAAA